ACCAGAAGGGAGAGAGAGAGGAGAGAGAGGAGGGAGGAGAGCCGCAGCCCACAGCAGCAGCAGCAGCCCCGCUUCUAGUCUGCAUGGGCUAGUCAGCUAGCUAGCUUUUAGCAUCGUCCAACGGCUGAAACCGCGUCCGGGUUUGUUGUCUCCCCGCUCGCCCGACCAGCCCUGUCGCCCUCACACCACCCGGCUUCAAGAUGAUGAAGUUUAGGUUUCGUCGGCAGGGCACGGACCCGCAGAGAGAGAAGAUAAAACAGGAGCUUUUCGCCUUCAACAAGACUGUGGAGCAUGGAUUCCCCCAUCAGCCCAGUGCUUUGGCCUUCGACCCGAAACUGCAGCUCAUGGCUAUUGGGACAAAGUCAGGAGCCAUUAAAGUCUAUGGAGCCCCUGGAGUGGAGUUCACUGGACUACACCAAGACACCAUGGCUGUCACUCAAAUCCACUUCCUACCUGGUCAGGGGCGCCUGCUAUCACUGCUGGAUGACAACUCCAUUCACCUGUGGGAGCUGAUGACCAGGGGGCCCAGAGAGGUGGGAGGGGUUAAGAAAGAGGGCCAGCUCAGUCUGCAGGAAGUGGAAAGCUACAGCCUUCCAGGAAGACCUGGCAUUGAGAGCUGCAGUGCCACUCGGGUUACCGUCCUCCUCUUGCUGAGGUCAUGUGACCUGCUCUGCAUUGGAACAGAAGGAGGGGGCGUCUACUUCCUGGAGUUGCCCGGCCUCUCAUUGAAGGACAGCCAGACGCUGCUCCAGGAUCAGGUCAUGCAGAGCCUGCCGGAUGAUUACAGAUGUGGGAAAUCCUUGGGGCCGGUGGAGUCGCUUCAGGAACAUCCGCAGCAGUCAGGGAAGAUUUUGAUUGGCUACAGCCGGGGCCUGGUGGUCCUUUGGGAUUUGAGCACCCGUCAUGCAGAGCAGCUCUUUCUGGGAAAGCAGCAGCUGGAGAGCCUGGUGUGGGAACGCUCGGGAAACUUAUUUGUCAGUUCACAUAACGAUGGGGGCUACUCCGUGUGGGCUGUUACUAAUGGCAACACCUACAGUCACCAACCAGUGUCUUCCACCAUCCCAUAUGGUCCAUUUCCCUGUAAGGCCAUCAAUAAGAUCCUGUGGAGGACCACACAGACCGGUUCACCAGUUCUAUUGUACAGCGGGGGGAUGCCCAGAGCGAGCUACGGUGACCGCCACUGUCUCACCAUUCAACAAGACAAAGAGCAUGUCACUCUGGACUUCACGUCUCGAGUCAUCGACUUCUUCACGGUCCACAACACAGAGCAAGAGAACGAGUUUGACGAGCCUUCAGCGUUGGUCGUGUUACUGGAAGAGGAGCUGGUGGUGAUUGACCUCGUGACCCCUGGGUGGCCCUCUCUGCCCACUCCCUACCUGGCUCCUCUGCACUCCUCAGCCAUCACCUGCUCCUUCCAUGUCACCAGCGUCCCUCCCAAACUGUGGGAGAGGCUGGUCAACGCUGGCAAAGCACAGCAGGGACGCCAGCACACACACAGGAGUUGGCCCAUAUGUGGAGGGAAAAACCUGGCACCUCCAGCAAAGCAACAAGAGCUGCUGUUGACAGGACAUGAGGACGGCACCGUGCGAUUCUGGGAUGCAUCAGGUGUUGCUCUCACACCUCUGUACAAACUCAGCACAGCCAAUGUCUUUCACACCGACUGCGACCCAUGCGACGAUCCUCAAGACCCCGGCGAUGACCCCGACAUGCAGCAGGAGGAGGAGUGGCCGCCCUUCAGGAAGGUUGGCUGCUUUGACCCGUACAGCGAUGACCCCAGGUUAGGAAUCCAGAAGAUCAGCCUGUGCAAAUACAGCAACAAACUGGUGGUGGCUGGAACUGCUGGACAGGUUAUUGUUAUGGGUUUGAGUGACGAGCGCUCCGACCACUUGGUGGACGUGUCGGUGGUUGACCUGCUGCAGGAUCGGGAGGGCUUCACCUGGAAGGGCCAUGACAGGCUGGAGCCGCGCUUAAAGCCCGCCCCCUUCCCUCCAGGCUUUCAGCCGCUUGUGCUGGUGCAGUGCAUGCCCCCGGCAUCUGUCACAGCCAUCGCACUGCACGCCGAGUGGAAUCUGAUCGCCUUUGGGACGAGUCAUGGAUUCGGCUUGUUUGACUACCACAGACGAAACGCUGUGCUGGCGAGGUGUACCCUACACCCUAAUGACUCCUUGGCAAUGGAGGGCCCCUUGUCCAGAGUCAAGUCUUUGAAAAAGUCUUUACGACAGAGCUUCAGACGCAUCCGCAAGAGCAGGGUGUCAGGGAAGAAACGCACCAUCACCACACCCACCAGCAAGGUCCAGGAGGCCAAUGCCGCUCUGGCAGAGCAGGAAGAUGUGGCUCCAGUUCAGAGAAGGAUUGAACCCCGGUCUGCAGAUGACUCUCUGUCUGGAGUUGUCCGGUGUCUCUGCUUCGCUGACACAUUUCUACGUGACGGUACAAACCAUGGUCCAACACUAUGGGGGGGCACCAACUCAGGCAGUGUGUAUGCCUACGCUCUGGAGGUGCCCGGCGUGGGGACGGGGCGUGUCUGCGAGCGUGGCGGAGCGGGGGAGAGCAGUGUGUGCGUAGAGGCAGUGCUGGGGAAAGAGAUCCAGCUGAUGCACAGAGCCCCCGUGGUGUCCAUCUCCGUGUUAGAUGGCCGGGGGAAACCGUUACCUGAUCCAUAUGAAGCCUCUCAGGACCUCGCCAUCGCUCCGGAUAUGACAAAUGCUCACUCUGUCCUCAUCGCCUCAGAGGAACAGCUGAAGGUGUUCUCCCUCCCCAAGGUGAGCGCUAAGACCAAGUUCAAGCUGACGGCGCACGAAGGCUGUCGAGUGAGGAAGGUGGCCCUGGUUGUCUUCAACUCGACUGCUCAGGAGGACUACAGCGAACACACGCUGGUCUGCCUGACCAACCUGGGCGACAUGCACCUCUUUAACAUACCCGGCCUUCGACCACAGGUGCGCUAUGACUGCAUCCGGAAAGAAGACAUCAGCGGCAUCGCUUCCUGCGUCUUCACAAAGAAUGGACAGGGGUUCUACCUGAUCUCACCUUCAGAGUACGAGAGAUUCUCCCUUUCUGCAAAGGUCCUCACUGAGCCGCUCUGCUCUGUUCAGCUGGACCGACUGCUGGAGUCCACACCUGCCAGUGAUGGUACGACAUCGACGCCACAGGCAAAUGGAACCCACAAGAACCAGAUGGGUCAGGCUGAGGGGCAAACAGAGGAUCCUCAGAGCACCCUGUCCUCUCCCAUCAUGGACACCCCGCUGGACUCCCCCCUCAGCUGUGCUGACCUCACCCUCGACAGCACCGGAGAAAUCACCGUGGAGGACGUCAGGGAGUUCCUAACCACUGUGGACGAGGUGGAGAAUAACCUGAAGAACAUGAAAGAGGAGGAGGGACGCUCGACGGGCAUCCUUAUUAACUAAACAGUCUUACAGGGAGGGGCCCAGGUGGUCUGGAUGGACCGGAUUUCAGUGCUGGACCACAAUCAUCUCCCAUCAGGCCACUUUUGGAGCCCCCCAGCCUGCACUCUGCACUCUCCUGUUCACCUGGCACAGACCGGGAGGAAAGCCUUAAUACAGACAAAGAAUAAAGCAUCACACUCUCUUGUUGUGGUUUCUCCGUCUGUAAAACUUGACUUUUUUUUUCCCCCACGCAUGGAGACGUAUACCUUGCACAGCGUGGUGCCUGGAAGGACUUGGAGCUUAUGGUCCAAAUGUUAUUACCUGAAACUGGAACUUUCAAAAAUACCAGUCGGUGCGAUCAAUUCUUCUGGUGGCCUGAUGGUUAUGGGGUGUUCUCUGAGCUCAGUGACUGCGGCUCAGCCCUCACGGAAAAGAUGACUUACAAGAGAUGUUCAUGUUUUUUAUUUUUAUACCCACAGUGUUGUGGCGUGCUUGUAUCAGCCUGAGGUUUCCCCACAGUGGGAACUGGGAUUUCCUCUGGUUCCACGUACACAUGUAUGUGCAGAGGCUCCACAGCCCUGUGAAUGAGUUAGAGACUGAGGACAUCUAACAGAGACUGAAAGAACAUUUUAGUGUACGAGAGAGAGAGAGACUAGUAAAUAAAGUAUUUUAAAUAUUUGACUUUUGGAAGUUGUAGCAUUCAUAAUAAAUCCUCCCUCUUAGGUGCCAUCGACUGUUUUCAAACCAGUGAGCCAAUGUUAUUUCACACGUGCACAUGAAGGUUUUAAGAAGCUCUUUGUCUACUUUGAAUUUAAAGGAAUAAUGAAGGUGAUUUGUACUGCAAAGAUUGAUGCUUUAUUAAAUGUGUUUUGUCUGGAUUGUUCAGAGAAAGUCAAGGUUUGAGGAGUUAACAGAAUGUAGAGGGAACCAGCUGGAGAAGUGGGAAGAAAAGGUGUACUUUGUGUUCAGCCACGGAGCAGAAACGAUAUCUAUGAGCCUUUAUUUUUUUUAAAUUAGUUUUAUCGCUCAGUGCAUGGCCUGGAAAGCUGUUAUCUGUCUUCAUAUUAGGUGAAAUAAUUGAGGUGCAAAAUGUGCCAUGGGGAGUCAGCGGUACGAUACGAAACAUCUGGAGUAACUUUUUUUUUCUCAAAUUCAGUGAAAUCACCCUUACAUGUGAUCCUUGUUUGUUUACAUAGAGAAGGCUCUUCUGGACCAUGUGAUAAUAUGAAGAGGAGACUUUGAUGAAUUGACAUUUCAGUGUUAUCAGAUUUUUUUUUUUUUAAACUAUCCAGUUUGGUAAAAUCACAAAUAUUUACAAGAAUCAUUGCAUUGUUCAAAAAACACACAGAAGGAUAUGAGAGUAAGGAAUGUGGCAAAAGUCUUCAGUUAAGUUUCCCCUCUUCUGUUAUUCAUCGAAUGCAAAUAUGGUUAUGACGGACUCAGGGAAGUGUGGCAAGGGAAGCGACGUCGAUCUGAAUACUAAGUGUAAAGUACUGUGGUCUAUGAUGAUCCCAGGAGACUUGUUUGGGUUUUGUUUUGCAUCUGUGAAUUGGUGCAUUCUGUGAACUGUUGGCUAGAUGCAGAGCUUUGAUCACCAGUAUUUUUAAUCAUUUUAAUAAAGUUUUACUGUGUAAUAACAAAAGAAUAUAUAUACAGCAUCUAAUUAGAUUGAAAAAAAAAGACAGGUUUAUAACAACGGAAAAAAACCAGUGUAAAUGUUAGAGCUUUGUAGAACCUGUUGUAGCCUAAAACCGCUCAGUAUUCUUCAAUGUUUUUGUUGAUCUGAUCACAAAAUGAAAAGUAAAAAAGGGACCUCACUAUUUACUAAUGUAGCUCAACAGGUAGGAACCAUGUUAACGCUGUUUUGACUUUUGUGUUACCUCUUUUGGUGCUCUGGUUAACACACCUUUACUUAACCGUAUGAUGCUACAGCUGGCACGAUGUUCCUUUGAAAUUCCACUAUUAAAAUGAAUUUGUUUCUUUCUUUUUUUUUUGUCACAGUUUUGUGUGUAGGAUUUAUAUUUGGUCAUUUAGCAUUUUGGCUGAUGAAGAAUUGUGAAUGUUAAUAAAAUUAUUUACUCUAUGGAA